UUCACUAGCUAGUUUAGUGUUGAUAAUUCUUUAUUUAAUGGUGGUGAUGAAAAAAGUUAAAAAGGUGUUCUUGUUUGUUGCAUGCCCACUUUGUGGAGGAAUAUUUGAGUGUUUUCUUUAGAUGGUUUAGUUGUUUUUAGAAAGUAAAUUUGAAGGGUUUGAUUGUAAUCAUUGAAUCUUGGUUCCACAAAUUAGUAGCUCAUCAGUGUAUGUGUGUUAGAAAUGGUUUCGAGAUCAUAUUCGAACCUGUUUGAUCUUACUUCUGGCAAUUCACCAAGUUUUGGUCGAGGGGGGAAGAAGCUGUCAAGAGUUGCAACUGUUGCUGGGGUAUUGUCUGAGCUAGAUGAUGAGGGUGCAAAUAGUGUGGGAUCUGAUGCUCCGUCUUCGGUCUCAACAGAGAGGAUGAUUAUUGUGGGAAACCAGCUUCCACUCCGGGCACAUAGAAGAUCUGAUAGUGGAGGGUGGAAUUUUAGUUGGGAUGAGGAUUCUCUUCUUAGGCAGCUAAAAGAUGGCCUUGCAGAAGACGUGGAGGUUAUUUAUGUUGGGUGUCUAAAAGAAGAGAUUGAUCUGAAUGAGCAAGAAGAUGUUGCCCAAACUUUGCUUGAAACAUUCAAAUGUGUGCCUGCUUUUGUGCCUCCUGACCUUUUCAGUAAAUACUAUCACGGUUUCUGUAAACAGCAACUCUGGCCACUGUUUCACUACAUGCUUCCACUCUCCCCCGAUCUUGGUGGCCGUUUCGAUAGGUCUCUAUGGCAAGCUUAUGUUUCGGUAAACAAGAUAUUUGCAGACAAAGUAAUGGAAGUGAUUAGCCCUGAUGAUGAUUUUGUUUGGGUUCAUGAUUACCAUUUGAUGGUCCUGCCGACAUUUCUGAGGAAGAGGUUUAACAGGGUGAAGCUUGGUUUUUUCCUCCACAGUCCAUUUCCAUCUUCAGAGAUUUAUCGAACCCUGCCUGUAAGAGACGAGAUUUUAAGAGCACUCCUCAACUCUGAUCUUAUUGGUUUUCAUACUUUUGAUUAUGCAAGGCAUUUUCUUUCUUGUUGUAGUAGAAUGCUUGGUCUUUCUUAUCAGUCUAAGCGAGGUUACAUCGGUCUUGAGCAUUAUGGUCGCACUGUGAGCAUUAAGAUUCUCCCUGUUGGGAUUCAUAUGGGACAACUUCGAUCAGUAUUGGAUCUUCCUGAGACUGAACAUAGGGUUGCUGAAUUAAAAAACCAGUUUGGGGAUCAGACUGUGUUGCUUGGGGUUGAUGAUAUGGACAUUUUUAAGGGUAUUAGUUUAAAACUUUUGGCCUUUGAACAUUUACUGGCACAGCAUCCUGAAAAGAGGGGCAAAGUUGUUUUGGUUCAAAUUGCAAACCCUGCCAGAGGCCGUGGUAAAGAUGUACAGGAGGUCCAGUCUGAAACUCGUGCAACAAUAGAAAGAAUAAAUAGGACAUUUCGAAGACCCGGAUAUGAGCCAGUAGUAUUGAUAGAUACCCCACUUGAGUUCUACGAGAGAAUUGCUUAUUACGUAAUUGCUGAGUGUUGUCUUGUCACAGCUGUGAGAGAUGGGAUGAAUCUAAUACCAUAUGAAUAUAUUAUAUGCCGCCAGGGAACCAGUAAGCUGGAUGAUACCUUAGCCCUCGAUCCAUCAGCACCAAAGAAGAGCAUGCUGGUUGUGUCUGAGUUUAUUGGGUGCUCUCCAUCACUUAGUGGAGCAAUUCGAGUUAAUCCAUGGAAUAUUGAUGCUGUAUCUGAAGCUAUGGAUUCUGCCUUGAUCGUUUCUGAGUCAGAAAAACAAUUGCGCCAUGACAAGCACUACCGAUAUGUGAGCACCCAUGAUGUUCCAUAUUGGACACGCAGUUUCUUGCAAGAUCUUGAAAGGGCAUGUAGGGAUCAUGUGAGGAGAAGGUGCUGGGGUAUAGGUUUUGGUUUAGGAUUCCGAGUAAUUGCUUUGGAUCCAAAUUUUAGGAAGCUCUCAGUUGAUCAUAUUGUGUCUGCUUAUAAGAGAACGAAAAAUCGUGCAAUUCUUUUGGAUUACGAUGGUACAAUGAUGAUGCAGCGUUCAAUCUGUGAGAGUCCAAAUGCGGAAGCUCUUGGAAUGUUAAACAAUCUGUGCAGGGAUCCCAAGAAUGUAGUGUUCAUUGUCAGUGGAAAGGAUAAGAAGACAUUAACUGAAUGGUUCUCUUCUUGUGGAAAAUUAGGACUUGCAGCAGAGCAUGGUUAUUUUCUGAGGCCGAAUGCAGAUGUAGAAUGGGAAACUUGUGUUACUCUCCCAGAUCUCUACUGGAAACAGAUUGCUGAGCCAGUAAUGAAACUCUACACGGAAACUACUGAUGGUUCCACCAUAGAGGCCAGAGAGAGUGCACUUGUCUGGAACUACCAGUUUGCAGAUCCUGAUUUUGGGUCAUGCCAGGCUAAGGAGCUUUUGGAUCACUUGGAGAGUGUUCUAGCAAAUGAACCUGUUUCUGUUAAGAGUGGCCUAAACAUUGUAGAAGUUAAACCUCAGGGUGUCAGCAAAGGUCUUGUGGCAGAACGCCUCUUGGAAACAAUGCAGGAGAAAGGAAUGCUUCCGGAUUUUGUACUUUGUGUCGGGGAUGAUCGUUCAGAUGAAGAUAUGUUUGAGGUCAUCAUGAGUGCUAUGGCAGGUCCGUCUUUGUCCCCAGUUGCUGAAGUUUUUGCUUGCACUGUCGGCCAAAAGCCGAGCAAGGCCAAGUAUUACUUGGAAGACACAACUGAGAUAUUAAAAAUGUUGCAAGGCCUUGCCACAGCAUCCGAACAGACUACUAGAAAUGUCCCUCAAAUUUCUCAUCGAGCUAUAAUCGACAGAGAAUGAAUAGGGAUACCUGAGUGUGUUAUGUUAUUUGAAUCUUGGUAGUGCACAUUAGCAUCUUGAGUGGUGGUCUUAGAUUUGGUUGUAUGGUUAUCGAUAGAGUUCUUGUAUUUUAAUUUGUGUCCUCUAUUAUUAAUGCUUGUAUUUGACAUUCAAGCCAAUAAUUUCUCAGCUAAUGCUUUAUUUGAA